UUUCACUUUCCCUCCAAAAGUUUUGAAAAUCGCGUUUGGAUUUAUCGAUUUACAGAGAAGCUAUGAGCUUCUUCUUCUCCGCAACCGCAACCACGAUGAGUUUGGAUAUGGAUCUUGCUCUGUUCGACGACGAUGAAUUCGAGAUUCCUCUUACGCAGACAGCAACCAUUCACCGCCCAUUGAAGAAACACAAACUCGAAACGACGGCGUUUGGUGGUAGUGGCAAGGAGAAUGUUCCUCCAAACGCGUCCUCUUCUACUAUUCACGACGACGGUUACGAAAUUGAGAAUUGCAGCUUGGAUUUCAUUCCUUCUACUAUAGAUUCAGUUGGAACCGCUCUAACUGAUUCUUCUUCUUCUUCUUCUUCUGCAUCUGUAUCUGCGUUUGUGAUUUCGUCUCCGGUGAAGGUGAAAAUGAAGGGGACUGCGUAUUUUGGCAACUCGAUUGAGUCGAAGCUGGUGGUUUCGAGAGCGAACGCGAUUAAUAAUGCAGAAGCUGGUUCGGAGCUGAAUUUGAGCGAUGAGUUAGAUGGCUCCGUUCGGUGUCCUCUCUGUGAGGUUGAUAUUUCCAACUUGACUGAGGAACAACGGCAUCUUCACACCAAUGAUUGUCUUGAUAGAGGAGAUGAUGUUGCUGUUCGUGAUGACAACGUGGAUGCUCAGUUUGCGCCGAAAGUCUCUCGUGUAGUUGAUUGGCUGCGUGAUCUCGGUUUAGGGAAAUAUGAAGACGUUUUUGUUAGGGAAGAGGUUGAUUGGGACACCUUGCAGUGGCUCACAGAGGAGGAUCUCUUGAGCAUGGGUGUCACUGCACUUGGCCCUAGAAAAAAGAUUGUGCAUGCCCUGUGUGAAUUUAGAAAAGGAAUUGCUGCUUCAAAUGAAAAACCUGAGGAUGCUCUGGCAGAGCCUAGAAGGAAUAGAAACCAGAAUGUCAAAAUGCAGCCUCACAGACCUGAAAGGAAAGUUGAUGGCACUAGUAAACCAGCUGCAAACAAAAAAAUUACUGAAUAUUUUCCAGGAUUUGCUACUAAUGGGAAGAAAGUUUCCACCGCUCCUGAAGAGCAACAAGAAAUGAAAAGCAGUGGCUCCGUUUCUGGGCGUAACCACAAAGGAAAAAAUUCGUCAACAAAUAGAAAGCUUCGUGAUGUUCCCAAAUGGUGUAGCAUAGAAGGAACACCUUUCCGAGUGGAUGCUUUCAAGUAUCUCAGAGGAGAUUGUUCUCACUGGUUUCUCACACAUUUCCACUUGGACCAUUAUCAAGGUCUCACGAAGUCGUUCAAUCAUGGAAAGAUAUAUUGCUCUUCUAUUACAGCUAGACUUGUAAAUAUGAACAUUGGGAUUCCAUAUGAUAAGUUACAUAUUUUGCCUCUGAACCAAAAGGUUGAAAUAGCUGGUAUUGAUGUGACUUGCUUGGAUGCCAACCACUGUCCAGGUUCCAUAAUCAUACUCUUUCAACCUCCGAAUGGUAAGGCCGUACUCCACACGGGUGAUUUUCGGUUUAGUGAUGAGUUAGCAAUAAAUCCUGUCCUGAGGAUGUGUCCUGUUCAUACUUUAAUUCUUGAUACAACAUACUGCAACCCACAGUAUGACUUUCCAAAACAAGAGGCAGUUAUACAAUUUGUUAUUGAUGCCAUUCAAGCAGAAGCUUUUAAUCCCGGGACUCUUUUCCUGAUUGGCAGUUAUACAAUUGGAAAAGAAAGGCUAUUCCUUGAGGUUGCUCGUUCGCUACGAAGAAAGGUUUACGUGAAUGCAGCAAAGUUACGUCUUUUAAAAUGUUUAGAAUUUGAGGAGGAGGAUAUGCAGUGGUUUACUUUAAAUGAACACGAAAGCAACAUUCAUGUGGCCCCUAUGUGGACACUUGCAAGCCUCAAAAGAUUGAAACAUGUAUCAAGUCAAUAUGCAAGUCGGUUCAGUCUUAUAGUUGCUUUCUCUCCUACCGGUUGGACAUUUGGCAAAGGUAAAAAGAAAUCUCCUGGAAGAAGGUGGCAGAACGGUACUAUUAUAAGGUAUGAGGUGCCUUACAGUGAGCAUUGCAGCUUUACAGAACUCAAAGAUUUUGUAAAACAUAUAUCUCCUGCUAACAUUAUACCAAGCGUGAAUAAUGAUGGACCAGAAUCUGCCAAUGCAAUGAUUUCUCUCAUGUCAUCUUGAUUUGUUCACCAAAAGAGUACUCCCCCUCAGGAUGGAAGGAAUAUACUCUGGACUCCCAUCUUGGACAAUAGAAGCUUGAAGAUGUGAAGGCAAAGGUUUUACUUAACAAAUCAGCUAAUUGGUGGUGAGCACCAGUAUGGAGGGAGAGAGUAUACUCUGAGAUAGAAAAAUACCUUACUUGGAUCUAGCAAUCUCAAGCCCUACGGAAUACUGCAACUUCCCAAAAUCUCUGCUUAAAAUAGGAUUGCAGAUUUGCAGUAACGUGUGGAUUUGAGUCCGCAAUGAUAAUAUCAUCUACGUCCACUAUUACGGGGGCAAAGAAUGAGUAGUCACUCAUUGAUUAAAUAAAGCCACACUGCAAAAGGGCUGGAGUGAAGGCCAUGGAUUGAUUUAUGGAGUUUGCACUUUGCAGACCGAUUUCUCCACUCAUUUGAAAAAUCUAUUUUGAUAGGUAAAGCCUUGCGUAGGUCCAUAUAUUUAUUAAUCUGAUAACUUCUCUCAAUUUUCUGUUAUAAUUAAAGAACAGGAAAAACAAUAUCUAUAGAACUGUUGUCCUGUGAUUUAUUCCUCCUAAAGUCUCAUGUAAAAAGAUUAUUUCAAAUCAUAUCUUAUGAUAGUAAAAUCUUAUUCAACCGCUGAAUUCUGGUUAUCCUGCCUCCUUAACCCCGA